UGAUCAACCUGAGAGUUUAAACAAACCAGAGAUCCGGCAGAGCAGAGCAGAGCUGACACACACACACACACACACACACAUACAGCUGUUGAGCGCUGAGGAAACUCCACUGAACUGUAGCGGAGAGCGAAGCUGAGACAGAAGACAGAGUGAGGAGUGAAGUAUCUGUGCCUGAGUGGCAAACAAUUCAGGACGUCCCAGGAAGAAGCUGAAGGAGUGGGACAAAACAGACCAGACCUUUGCCCCCUGCAAACGUCCACCUCCCACCACUCGUCUGUCAGUCCUUCCUCCAGCCAAACCCUCAGCACACCGAGCUUACUGCACAGAGGAACUCACUCUCAGACGUUAUUCAGAGGCUGUCAGGUCGAUGGAAGCCCCAACCCUGGCUAAGAUGGGAGACUUGUGCCACCCCCGGUCUUCCUCUCCAGAGGGGGAGACGGUGUGUGCAGCUCUAGCCCGUUAUGAGAACACUCUCAGGGAUGCCAUCAGGGAGAUCCAUGUGGACGUCAGCGCUUUUAAACUGGGCAUGGAACGUCGUCUGGAGGAGACAGCCAACCUGAGUGGGCCCCUUGGACGAGCUGUGGCUCAGCUCCAGCAGGAGAACCGGCAGCUCAGGAGUCAGCUGGAGGCCCUCACCCGACAGGUGGAGCUCCUGAGUGGGAUGACAUACGAUAGGAGCACCUUGCUUAACAACAACCACAAUCACAGUCAUAAUCAUAAGAAUCACCUUAGCGACAUCCAGGAGAACCAUCAGGAGCUGAAAGAGGUGGUUUACGGGAAGGGUGAGGCUCACACGCAGAGCCAGGCUCACAUCCACAUCCAGUCCUGCAGCCCGGGAAGUCAAACUCAGACCUACAGCGGGCCCAGCACUCAAUCCUGUCCUGCAUCCCCACCUGCCACCUUCUCCAACUCUCCUGGCUCCAGCAGUCCUCCUGUGGGUCCCAGAGUUUCCUCCAUGGUCACGGGGCCAGUGUCUGGCAGCAGCCCCUCAACUGCCCGCUUCUCCAGCCGAGCCACAUUCGCCGUGUCCAGCAAGACUAAUAGUAUUGAGAGAGAGGAGCCAAUUGAGGUGGACCACUCCCCAACACAUGCUGGCCUGGAAAAUGGACAUGCUGUUAGCUCAGAACAUUCAAGUUUGAUACAAGGAAAGAUCUCACCACCCAGUGACUUUCCGCAUGAGCACACAGCCCCUGUCGCCAUGCGGAUGCCGCACCUCCCCAUCACCGCUACAACCAAGAUGGCAGAAAUUAAAGGCCCCGACUCUCCUAGCAGCCCUGCUGGUUCUCCGUCCUCUCCAGUUUCUGAGGCCUCACCUGCUGGCCAAUCAGCUGGUAGCACCAAACAGGCCCAACCUAUAGAGGAGCCUCCAUUUCCACAAGUAUCUUCCACUUGGACCCCUACAUCUAUCAGAGGUCUGGGAUCUCCUCGCCUUCAAGAGAAAGCAAAUUCAGCCCCUGCUAAGUCUGUGACCUACUCAGGGAUACUGCAACAUGACAGAGACACUGAUGUAAGCAGUGAAAGAUCCUUCGGACAAGUGGGAGAGAGGAGACGAGAGUUGGUGAGAUCACAGACUCUGCCACGUAACAUCGGCGCUCAGGCUCGUCGAUCUAUCUUUGAAAGACUGGACUCUGAAGCUAGUAACAGCUUCCCCAAACCAGUGGACUCUAAACCCAAACUGAAGCGGUCUCAGAGCUUUGGGGUGUCCAGCGCCAGCAGCAUCAAACAGAUCCUGCUUGAGUGGUGCCGCUCCAAGACCAUAGGCUAUCAGAACAUCGACAUUCAGAACUUCUCGUCCAGUUGGAGCGAUGGGAUGGCGUUCUGCGCUCUGGUGCACUCCUUCUUCCCCACUGAGUUUGACUACAACGCUCUGUCGCCUGCCAACCGCAAGCACAACUUUGAACUGGCCUUUGGAACUGCAGAAGUGAAGGCAGGCUGCGACCGGCUGAUCGAAGUGGAGGACAUGAUGAUCAUGGGUCGUAAACCAGACCCCAUGUGUGUCUUCACCUACGUCCAGUCCCUUUACAACCACCUGCGCAAAUUUGAGUGAAGCUCAAAUGCAGCUGAUCAAAUUCGUGGGACGGUUCCCCUUGUAGAUUCAUUCUCUUUCAACUUCAUUCUCUGUGUGAGAUCCAGAGCUGGCAUGGGAGCGCUUUGCAAAGAACACACUGCCCCCUGGUGGUGGAUUUAUGAACACUCAGCAGGACAAGUGCUCAAGCUUCAGUUCACUGGUACACAGAGGACAGCUGACUCUUCAGGAGAAUACUGUGUAUGUUUGUGUGUGUCCUGCAAUGUUACUGCAAUGAAGAAGAUGAAUUUACACACAAAUGUCAGGGUUGACUCGUCAGCAGUAGUUUUUUUUUUCUGUGUGUUGUUCAAGGACAAAGAGGGCAAAUAUUGCUGUGUUGUAUAAAUCAUCACACCUGUUUGAAAGUGAGUGCCCAUAUUAACCUUUAAAUACACUGCACCAAUAGAGAGGAUGUAUGCUUCACAAAUGUCACUGAAUAACUCAACUGUGUGUGAGGAAGCAGAGCACACUGUUGGGAUGAAUAUCUAUGGGAACUGAAAUGACAUGUUUGUCAUAUGCAGCUGACUGCUGACUGAUUUCUACAUCCACAUAUGCUGUGAUAUUGUGUUACUGAGAUACUGUUGAGAUAUGGAAAACAAAUUCAAUAAACUGUACUGUUUGACACUUAAA